CCGUGCUGCCGUUGAGCACGCACGCGCAUGUCGCUCGUUGUCGAACACGGUGAUGUGAGGUGGCCCUCGCUGCCGCAGUGCCGCGCGACUAACGCGCUUGUUUCGCGAUCGUGUGCGCCAGGUGAAGGCUCCAGAGCCUUCGAACCGGCAAGACGCCGUCCACCGUGGAUCUGAGGUACGGCGCCAUGGCGGCGACCACGUACAUGCCGGGAGAGCUGGAUCUCGGCAACCUGAGCGGGUACCACGCUGCUUCGCCGCGCAGCGUUGAGCCCGCCGACAUGAAGUACCAGCACCACUUGCACUCGGGCGGCUCGCCGUCGCCCGGGGCGCCCAUCAACCCCUGGGCGUCGCUGCCCCCGACCGACCCGUGGGGCAUGCACCAGCACCACGCGCACGCCGCCGACGUGAAGCCGCCGGCGGCGCCGCACGACCACCGCCACUUGCAGGGCGGCUGGCACGCGCCCGUCGUGUCCGCGCACUACGGCGCCGGUUCGCCCGUCACGCUGCACGGCGGCUACCCCGUGCCGAUGCACCAGCACCACAUGCUGCGGGACGUGCAGCCCUCGCCGCACCCGCUGCACCACCACCACCCGCUCGAGCGCGACCAGCCAGAGGAGGACACGCCGACGAGCGACGACCUCGAGGCGUUUGCCAAACAGUUCAAACAGCGAAGAAUAAAACUCGGCUUCACGCAGGCCGACGUCGGGCUGGCGCUCGGUACCCUGUACGGAAAUGUGUUCUCUCAGACGACGAUAUGUCGAUUCGAAGCGCUACAACUCAGUUUUAAAAAUAUGUGCAAAUUGAAACCGUUGUUACAAAAGUGGUUAGAGGAAGCGGAUUCCACGACGGGAAGUCCGACGAGUAUCGAUAAAAUAGCGGCCCAAGGCAGGAAAAGAAAGAAGCGCACGUCCAUCGAAGUGUCAGUGAAAGGAGCGCUCGAGCAACAUUUCCACAAGCAACCCAAGCCGUCGGCGCAGGAGAUCACGACGCUGGCGGAUAGUCUGCAGUUAGAGAAGGAGGUAGUGCGGGUGUGGUUCUGCAACAGGCGGCAGAAGGAGAAGAGGAUGACGCCGCCCAACACGCUCGGCGGAGAGAUGCUCGAAGGCAUGGGCCACGGGCACUACGGGCACGACGUGCACGGCUCACCGCCACUGCACCCGCACUCGCCCGCGCUGUCUCCGCCUCACCACGGGCACGGGCACGGGCACGGGCAGCACGGGCACGGCCAGCACCCGCUACAGAGCGCGCACACGCUGGCGGCGCACUAACAGUUCGCCCCGUGGGCGCCGCCGCGGCCCUUCUACGCGGAGCCGCACUAGCCCGCGGGACUUAGGCAGCGCCGCGGCCAGGACGUGCCGCGGCCAGUGCCCUGUACAUAGGUGCAAGUGUCGCAGUGAGUGACCGCCACGCCGGCCCCGGCGCCGGUAAGUACAGCGCCGCGCCCGGCGAGGGCCGCUUUCGUGAGAGACGAUAUCAUCGAAUUUAUUUAUAGAUUAUUAACGUUCAUACGUGCCUACCUGUGUAGGUUGUCGUGGUGUGGAUUAAAUUUUAAACCCGUUGCUACUACUGUAAAUUAAUUAGCGAAGAAACCGAAUCGGGUGUGAGCUAGAGGGAAUACGAUCGAGUCAUUAGGUGCAAUGUUUAUAUGUUAAGUGGUGUGUGCGCGGCCGGCUCGGGCUCUGGCUCCGGCCGCGGCGCCGCGCUCACCGAGCCCUUUUUCGUACUUUAUUUUAAUCAAAAAGUUGCAGCCAUUAUGCCAAAAUGGUUAUCUAAUGUUUUACUUGUUUUGUUGUUUUUCUUUGUUUAUAUGGUAGCCAAUCUCGGUACUUAAUAUUAUUUUAUAUAAAUGUUGUGAACCAGUGUGCGAGGCCGAGGCGGGCGCGAGGCAGGCGAGCGAGCCAUAUUAGUUGCUUAUGUUUAGUUAUUCCUGUAGAGUAGAAGUGAGUGCGGAGCUCGCCCGAUUCGAACCAAACCUGUUGUAAAUGUAAUUAUUUCGUUAUUCUCAACGAAGUUGAAGUUGAUAUGUAUAUAACUGUAUAAACUAUAGGUAAUAAACGAACGGCAGUGGUAGUGCGAGCCUCUAGUAGGUAAAUAAUGAAUAAUUAGUCUUAAAAUGUUUUAUAUUAUUAUCUAAGUAUUUAAAUAAACCAGAGUAAAUAUUUUA